UCCUAAAUCAUUAAGUAAUUCUCAUCUCGCCAAUGGGAUGUGCCUUCAUUUCCAUACAUCCACAAGGCUUUGUCAUAAAAUUUUUCUCGACAAAGAAAAAUAUCUAACGAGAGCGAUUUUUCUUUCUUAUUUUCAUGUGCUAUUCAACUUUUAGCUCGAGACAUUGGAAAAUAAAAACGAAGAGAGAAUAUCUAGGAUUUUUUAUACUGAUUGAUGUAUGAUUUUUCCCCGGGUUGUACGAUAAAGUACAACCGACGAAUAUAUUUGCGUGAAAAUCCCAAACAAUUCCCUACAAAGAUUUUCCCCCAAUGACAUCUAAACUCCGGCCGCCGGAGGCAUUGCGAUAGCGUUGCUAAGGCGACGGUCCCGGGCGUCGAAUGUCCACAACAAAAAACUGGUAGAUAACUCUGGAGGAAUCUACCCCACAUUCCAAACCUCAAAAGUUUAUUUAAACCAUUGGAGCCAUGUCGGAAGAGGCAAAGCUGCAAGACUCCAUAAAGAAGACUCAGGACUUGCUCGGUAAAUACGUGAAGAAGCCUCCGCUGACGGAAAAGCUCCUCAAGAAACCCCCAUUUCGGUUCCUCCACGACGUGAUAACCGCAGUGAUAAAGGAGACGGGUUUCCUGAAAGGUCUCUUCACAGACGAGGAGCUCAUCUCCUCGAACAUCACCGACAAGGAUGGGAAGCUGGGAUAUCUGACGAAGCUCAUCGACGCGAUGAAGUUGAUCACGGGACAGGAGCUGCCGGUGCGAGCCUCGAAGAUAGUGUCAGGUCAGGAGCCGAUAAGAACGAACGAGCUGCUCCAGGCCAUAGCAAGAUCCCUCGACAAAAAGAUCUCGAGUUCUCAAGCGAUUGAGCACUACAAGAAGUCCCUGGAGAAAAAAGAGAAACAGAGAUCCAGGAAAUCGGAGGAGAAGUCGAGGAAAUCGGAGGAGAAACCGAGGAAAACAUCCUCCGAGGAAAAGCUACGGAGGUUCAGAGAGGCCGAGGAGAAGAGGAAGUCGACGGCUGGGGAGGAGAAGCCGAAGCGAGAGAGCUCCGAGGAGAAGCAGCGCAAGACGACGAAGAAGUCAACUCCCUCGGAGAGGACAGACUCCAAGGAUGGGGAGAAGAGGGAGCGAGAGGAGAAGAGAAAGAAGAAGCCUCGGGAGGGGAGUCUCGAGGGUAAAUCCAAAUCGAAGGAGUCGGAGCCCUCCAAGAAGACGAAGCGUUCCUCAUCACCGAAAAAACCGGAACUCAAGAACGAGGAGGAGCUGCAGUCGAUGGAGCCCUCCAAGGACUCCACCGAAUCGAUCCACGAGGAGAAGCCCCAGGAGGAGCCGAUUAUUCCUCCGCAGGUGCUUGCCUCUGCCGAGCAUGCAGGUAGUCAUCAGCACCAGCAGGAGCCUGAGGAGAGCCUAGAACAGCCAGUCAAGACUUCGGAGACUUCUCCUGAAGACGUUCCCGCGGUGAAGCGAAAUCUCCUUCGUCCUCCCAGUGCUAGGCCUCCCUCGGCUCGUCCUGGAGCACCAAAACUCAAGGGAAAGAGCGACUUCGUGGUAAAUACCAAUGGGCUGGCGCAGAUGGGCGACGUUCACGUUAUUGUUGAGAAUUUUGAUGUCAGAGAGGACGACGUGGAGGGUAUGGUGGUGGUGGAGAGUCCGGGGAAUGACGAGAAUAUCGUGGGAAAUUCCGAUUUACUGAACAAGGAGCUGACGAAGGAACAUGGAUACCUCGUGGCGCAGAUUCUGGAGACUCAGAGGGAGCUCGUUAACGAAGGAAGUGUCGAGAUAAUUCCUAACAAGGUGGAGAUCGAGUGGGAGGCCGGGAUGAGAAAGGACAAGGAAGCCGUUAUCAAGGAAGUGGACAAACUCAGGGGGACUAUUCAGAGCCUCACGAGAACGACUAAUCCUCUGGGGAAACUCAUGGAUUUUCUACAGGAAGAUGCCGAGAUUAUGGAGAAGGAGUUGUGGGAGUGGAGAAGUCAGUUCAGUGAUCUCAGGGAGCAGCUGGUGGUCGAGAGGAAUAUGAUGAAGGAAUCGAUUAAACCGCUGGAGGAGAGCCUCAAGGAGAUCGAGGGAACUAUCGGCGGACAGAUGGAGAAAAUCUUCCAGACGAAGGCGAAUAUCAUGAGGAAUAAUCAGAGGAUUCAGAAGUUGCUGACUGGACGGUGAUGUUGAUGAAGGACAAUCAGACAUUCAAUUGAUAGUUCAAUAAUUUUAAUACAAAUUUUGUUGACUGAAAAACUACAUUUUAUUUCGUUGAAAAUAACUACAAUUUAUGGGGAAACAAUUGACAAAUCCAGCAGUAAAGUGAUGAAAUAGUUCUGCACGCGUAUUUUGUGUUGAUCCUCUGCUUCGUCGGUUGACCACUGGAUUUUUUUUAUUCCAUUGUUAUUCUUUAUUUGAAAUCGGUGUAGAGCAUCGCCUGGGCUAUUGGCAGGGCAGCCUCUUUUCCCAGUAAUUCAGAGACGAUAGUCAGUGCAAAAGCGAAUGUUGUGGCUGGUCCUCUGCUGGUGAUCAAGUUGCCUGUUCAGCAAAUUGGAAUUGUUAUGAGUGAUGCAGUAUAGAGAUCAAUUUAUACCGAUGAUUAUAUUUUUUACCAUCGACGACGACAGUGUCCUCCAAAUAAUUAUAAUCCCCAGCCAAUUCACCCUUCUUUCCUGGGUAGGAAGUGAUUUUCUUUCCAAGACCUAUUCCGUGGGCCUUCAGAGCUGUUGGAGCUGCGCAUAUAGCUGCAAUGAUUCUUCCAGCUUGCUCCUGGGCUUUCAAUAAAUCUCCAACCGCUUUUGACUGUGGAAAUUCAUGGAAUUUAUUUCUCUUUUUACCAAAUAAAGGCAAACACUUCUAACCCCC